AUGUCAUCUGAGACGGCGCCGCCCAAGAAGUUCCGGGCCAGCUGUGAGAACUGCGCUAGGUCAAAGGUCCGCUGCGCAAAAGGAAACUCCCGCUGUCAACGCUGUGCCAGGAAGGACCUCCUGUGCGAGUACGGUCCUGCGCAGAGAGCUCGUCGGAGCCAGUCAGACACAGAGUCAACCGCCGUGGAAACGUCCAGUGCCGGAAGCGGUAUGUCGGGGCCACGUCAGGCAUACACCAACGAUGAUUUUUGCAGCAUGGAUUUGGAUGUUACCACACAUGGCUCGUCCAUGGGUUCGGUAACGUCCCCGGAGUUGGGUAAUUACUUAGAAGUGGAGGACUUCAUGGCCGGCAUUGCGCACCCAGGAAGCCCGGACUUCCUAUACUGGCUAUCACAGCCACCCAAGGCCGUUCCUAGGGCCGAGGAUUCUACCAAAGAGGACAUGUUCCCGGCUCCCGGUGGUGUCACAGCCCAUGCCGGAUUUCCUGGUGGUCCCGACGGCACCGAGAAUACCAUUGCAGACGGCAAUGCUACUGCAGGAUGCAUCAGUAACUGCGCCAUCAUGCCGCUCAACAUCCUCAAGACACUCGGCCCCAGCCUCGAUACAUACACCGAUGCGUUGAGUGAUCUCGGGACGGUCCUCAAGACUAGCCGCACAGCCCUCGACAGUGCAACCCUAAUGGUCUCCUGUCCAUGCUCCGCAACGACGGAUAUGGCCUUGCUCGCAACCUCAGUCAUCCUCCGCAUCCUGUCCUGGCACUUGACGAUUUUUCACAGCUUGCAACCCAAGGAGAAGAAACAAUCCGGCCAGGCAGAUGCUAAGGGUCGUCUGGAGCAGCAGGGCCCCAGUACAACACACGACCUGGGUCCAGACGCGAGGGGCUCCGCCACAGCUCAAGGGCUCUGCAUGCCAGCAAUCAACAUCGGCACCUAUGAGCUGGAGCUGGAGGAGCGGCCGUUGCUGAUCAUGCACAUAAUUCAAGGCGAUUUGUCAAGAAUGGAGGCUGUGCUGGACCUGUUUUCCAAGAGGUUCUGCCGCAGCAAUGGGCAUCCCUUCGGAGAGGACAAUAACGAGAAGCUUCAUCAAGUUCUGGAAAUGUUUCUGCGCAGGAAGCACAAUGCUACUCUGGCGGAUAUAAAGAAAGACCUCGGACUAAUGUAA